AUGGAUUCCCAGGAGCAUGGGAACAAUACUGCAAUGACAGGGUUCAUUUUACUGGGCGUAACAAAUGAUCCAAUUCUUCGAGUCAUCCUCUUCACGAUCAUCCUUUGUAUCUACCUGGUGGCCAUAUGUGGCAAUCUCAGCACAGUCAUUCUUAUCAGAGUCUCUUCUCAGCUCCAUCAUCCUAUGUAUUUUUUUCUGAGCCACCUGGCCUUUGCUGACAUAGGCUAUUCAUCUUCUGUAACACCCAAUAUGCUUGCAAAUUUCCUGGUGGAGAGAAAUACCAUCUCCUAUCUCGGAUGUGCCAUUCAACUUGGUUCAGUUGUUUUCUCUGGGUCAACUGAGUGCUUCCUUCUGGCUGCCAUGGCAUAUGAUCGCUUCGUGGCAAUCUGCAGCCCACUGCUUUAUUCCACCAAAAUGUCCACACGAGUUUAUGUUCAGUUACUCACAGUGGCUUAUGUAGGUGGUUUUCUCAAUGCUUGGUCUUUUACUAUUUGCUUCUAUUAUUCACUUUUCUGUGGACCAAAUCGAGUCAAUCAUUUUUUCUGUGAUUUUGCUCCUUUGGUUGAACUCUCCUGUUCUGAUAUCAGUAUCCCCGCAGUUGUCCCCUCAUUUACAGCUGGCUCCAUCAUUGUGGUCAUGGUGAUUGUCAUAGCCAUCUUAAUCCUCAUCACCAUUCUGAAGAUGCGCUCCACCGAGGGGCACCACAAAGCCUUCUGCAUCUGCACGUCUCACCUCACAGCAGUCGCUCUGUUCUAUGGGACCAUCACAUUCAUUUAUGUGAUGCCCAAGUCCAGCUACUCAACUGAUCAGAACAAGGUGGUGUCUGUGUUCUACACGGUGGUGAUCCCCAUGUUGAACCCCCUCAUCUACAGCCUGAGGAACAGUGAGAUUAAUGAGGCUCUGAAGAGAGAGCUUUGUUAA